AUGCCUCUAGCCGCCGACGUGGUUCUCAUUUUCCAUCAGCUAUGGCUGCUCGAUGGCGGAUUCAAACGCGAUUCUUUCGUGUACUACGGUUCAUCGGAAGAAGAUAACUCUAUCGUGUACCGCAUCACCACCAACACGACCACCCUUAGCAAAUUCCUUGCCCCAUUCACGCCCAUCAAAGCAAAUUAUGUCCUCCUCAAGGUUCAACUUCCAACUGCAUGUGAAGCAUACAACGCACUAAAGGCAAAUGUCCCUCAGGGUAUGCUCCCACCGGAAGAUUUUAAGUCCGCCCUAGCAGACAAGAACUUCAUGACUGCCGAGCCUUGGGAAGGGUUCAGGGGUCCCAAGAUCAGGGAGUUUGUCAAGGUCAAUAAGUCAAAGAUCCUCAAUGAGAAGAGAGAGUACAACACCAUGAGGGUCUACACCAUUGCCUGGGCACCAAAUGGCGAUAAGUGUCGAUUGGAAAGUAUGGAUAGGUUCAUCUGGAAGGCCAUUGGUGGCGAGCUCAAUGUCGACAACUGGACGAAAUUUAUGCGUCUUGCUGUCUCUGUCACGAUUGGUGGUCCAAACUGA